GGCGCCGGGCCGAUGACAUAAAAGCCAGGCUCCGGGAACUGGUUGUUGCAGUCCUGCUGCUGAGGCGUGGGUAUGGCGUGCCGCGGGCGGAGACCGGAGCACAGCGGGCCUCCGGAGCUGUUUUACGACAAAAAUGAAGCCCGGAAAUACGUACGCAAUUCACGGAUGAUUGAUGUCCAAACCAAGAUGGCUGGGCGAGCCUUGGAGCUCCUUCAUCUCCCUGAGGAUCAGCCCUGUUACCUGCUGGAUAUUGGCUGCGGUUCUGGGCUGAGUGGAGAUUACCUUUCGGAUGAGGGGCACUACUGGGUGGGCAUUGACAUCAGCCCCGCCAUGCUGGACGCGGCCUUGGACCGAGACACUUCAGGAGACCUGCUUCUUGGGGACAUGGGUCAGGGCAUCCCCUUCAAACCAGGCUCCUUUGAUGGUUGUAUCAGCAUUUCUGCCGUGCAGUGGCUCUGCAAUGCCAACAAGAAGUCCGACAUUCCUGCCAAGCGCCUGUACUGCUUCUUUUCUUCUCUGUAUGCUGUUCUGGUCCGUGGAGCCCGAGCUGUCCUGCAGCUGUACCCCGAGAACUCAGAGCAGUUGGAGCUGAUCACCACCCAGGCCACCAAGGCCGGCUUCACCGGUGGAGUGGUGGUAGACUACCCCAACAGCGCCAAAGCCAAGAAGUUCUACCUCUGUUUGUUUUCUGGACCUUCGGCCUUCCUACCAAAGGGCCUGUCCGAGGACAACGAGGAAGAGGAGCCCAGGGAGUCCACGUUCACGGCUGAGAGGGUCCCUUUCAGGAUGGCGAGGCGAGGGGUGGUGAGGAAGAGCCGAGAAUGGGUGCUGGAGAAGAAGGAGCGCCGGCGGCGGCAGGGCAAGGAGGUCCGACCUGACACUCAAUACACCGGCCGCAGGCGCAAGCCCCGCUUCUGAGCAGGUGGCUGCUCCAGUGGGACAGCCUGGGGACCACACUGCUGUGAGCUGUGCCAUCCAGCCCAGACACUCACCUCUGGAGCGUUACUAUACUGAAGUGCCUACUUUAUCAGCUGACAAAAAUAGUGUUUCAGAAAAGUUCUGGGAGCUCGUGCUGUGGCCCAGUGGGGUAAGAAUCCAACUGCAUUGGCUUGGGUCAGUGUGGAGGCACAGGUUCCAUCCCUGGCCCAGGAACUUCCAUGUGCCACGAGGCCAUUUAAAAAAAAAGUUCUGAAGUUCUAAAAGUGUAUUUUCUCUGCUAAAAAUUCUGAGAGCAUCUUACUUUGUUCUAAAAGCAAUAAACCACUUUCUGUGGAA